ACCCCCCACCCCGCCCCCCUCGUCCUCCCCGCUGCCCACCCUGAAUUCCCUCGCACAGAACUACGAAUCAUCCAUGUCGCCGCCCGGUGACGACGACCCCCCAUGCAGUCGACCUCCCGCUCCCCCUUCGGCGGCAGCUCGGACAGCGACGACUCCAUGCAGCUUGACUCCGAUGUCGACGUCGACAUCAAGAAGGACCCCGACGCCGAUGCCGAGGGUGAAGAGGUCGAUGAGGAGGAGACCCAGCCCAUCGCCAAGACCAAUGGCCACAAUUCAUCAUAUAUGAAGAACCGAGCGAUCAAGGACGAGGAGUCGGGUUACGAAGAUGACGAACCUGAACCUGAGGACGAGGAGGAGGACGCGUCGUACGCGGACGAGGAGUAUGGUGCGUCCAAGAAGAAGGCUCCGAAGAAGAAAGCUCCGUCGAGGCCGAAGCCAAAGGUGCCAACUCGGCAUUCUGGGUCUGACUCUGAUUCCGACUAUGGCUCAAAGUCGAAGAAGAAAAAGAAGGCUAAGACAUCCGAGAUUCGCGUGUCUAGCAGAGGUGGCAGAGUCCCCAACUAUGUGGACGACGUCCAGGACUUCGAGCAGUUUGACGAGGACGUUCCCGAAGGGACGUACGUCGAGGCUGUCAAUGAGCCACACGAUGAAAUUGAGGCCGUUUUGGGACAUUGUCGAGACGAGGGCCAUGAAGAUGAUCCUGAGGAUGAUUGGACGCGCAACAUCCGCUUCCACAUAAAGUGGAAGAACUUCUCACAUUUGCAUAACACCGAUGAAGUCUACGAGUUCCUGAAGAGAUACAAGGGCAUCAAGCGAGUAGACAACUAUAUGAAAGCAUGUAAGUUGUAUCAGGAGCGCCUUACGUCGCCCGAGACUUCUCGCGAGGACAAGGAAGGGCUCUUGCUCGCCAAGGAGCGCGAGAAGGAGGAGUUGGAGACAUACAAGAUCGUUGACCGGAUCGUCGCCCAGCGGGAGACGAGCACUGGCGGGGUCGAGUACUUCUGCAAGUGGACGAAUCUUAACUACGACCACUGCACCUGGGAGCCGCUCGAGGAGAUUCGGCCGAUCGCAAAGGACCAACUCGAGGCGUUUAGGAAGCGCGAGGCGGAAGCGAAGUUCCCGUACAAGAGCGUCAGCUAUCCGCGACAUGCAAGGCCAACCUUCCAGAAGAUCAAAGAGGACCCCGAGUAUUUGACAGUGACAGGCGGUGAACUCAAGGACUUCCAGCUCACCGGCUUGAACUGGCUCGCUUACCUCUGGAGUAAGGGCGAGAACGGCAUCUUGGCUGACGAGAUGGGUCUGGGCAAGACGGUACAGACAGUGGCGUUCUUGUCAUACCUGUUCCACGAACUGCGGCAAUAUGGCCCGUUCCUGGUCAUCGUUCCGCUGUCGACGAUCACGGCUUGGGAGCAGCAGUUUGCGACCUGGGCACCCGACCUGAACGUCAUCAAGUACACUGGUACUGCCCUGGCUCGGGAUGUCAUCAGGAAGUAUGAGUUCGGCUCCUCGAACAAGAAGCUCAAGAUGAACCUCGGCGAUAUCAAAUGGCAGUCCCUUGCUGUCGAUGAGGCACACCGACUGAAGAACUCCGAAAGCAGCUUUACGAGGCAUGAGGGCGUUCUCGGCGCGUCUAAGCUGCUCAUCACGGGCACUCCGCUGCAAAACAACGUGAAAGAGCUGCUGUCGCUGAUGCAUUUCCUCAUGCCGGAGAAGUAUCAAGGAACUGCACAACAGCUGGAGUCGCUGAUGCUUCGGCGGCUGAAGCGUGAUGUCCUCACGUCAAUGCCUUCGAAGAGCGAGCGCAUCCUCCGUGUCGAGAUGAGCGGUCUCCAGACGCACUUCUACAAGAACAUCUUGACGAAGAACUUCCAAGGUCUGGUCAAGAGUGCUAAUGGCAAUAGCAACAUCAGCUUGCUCAAUAUCGGUGAGUGCUACCAUAUAGAACCUCACCACGUGUAUCUAACGCACUCACAUGAAGGCUUGGUCAUGAGCAGCGGAAAGAUGGUACUGUUGGACAACUUGGCUCGUCUGCGGCAAGACGGGCACCGUGUCCUCAUCUUCAGCCAGAUGGUCCGAAUGCUGGAUAUCCUCAGUGACUAUAUGCUCCGCAAGAAGGCCAUUGCGCACUUCAACGCGCCGGGCUCGAAUGACUUCGCGUUCCUGCUCUCGACACGCGCAGGAGGUCUGGGUAUCAAUCUCGAGACCGCCGACACGGUGAUCAUUUUCGACAGCGACUGGAACCCGCAGAACGACCUGCAGGCCAUGGCGCGGGCACACCGCAUCGGCCAGAAGUCGCACGUCAGCGUGUACCGGUUCGUGAGCAAGGACACUAUGGAGGAGGACAUGUUGGAGCGUGCCAAGAAGAAGAUGGUGCUGGAGUAUGCCAUCAUCAAUCAGAUGGACACGUCGCAAGCGCACCUUAGCUCGAAGGCGACGGCGGCCAAGGAGCCUUCGAAGCCCAACGACUUGAGCAAGGACGAGCUCCAUGCUGUGCUCAAGUACGGCGCGCAGAAGAUCUUCGACAAGGAUGACACUGACCAGUCGAAGAAACUCGACGAGAUGGACCUAGACGACAUCCUGAACCGCGCAUCCCUCGGUGGCGAGGGCUUCUUGGCACAGUUCGCCAACGUCAGCGACGUCAAGAACGACAUGAACUGGGAAGACAUCAUUCCCUUGGACGCCCGGCAGGAGUUCGAACGUGAUGAGGACCAGCGGAGAGCAGAGGAGCUCGCUGCCGAGGAGACGAAGGAUCGGAAACGAUCACAUGCCCAAGUCUCGUAUGAGGGCAUGGAUAAGCCGAAACAUCCUGUUCCUCAGCGCAAGUCUGCGAGCCAGAAGGCUCUCGAGCUCAAGGAGCGCGACGUUCGUGUGCUCAUCCGAAGUCUGCAACGGUGGGGUGACAUCCGGCAGCGGUACGACGUCAUUGUCACCGAGGCUAAGCUCCAGGACAAGAACCCGAUCGUCGAACUCUGUGCUCGGGCUGUCGACGAGAGCAACGCCGAGAAGCGGACGCGCAUGGCCGCAGGCGAGACUUUGACGAACGCACAGAAGAGCAAGGCGGUGCUAGUAUCGUACAAGAAUGUCGGCAAUAUCAACGCGGAGACGGUCCUCUCAAGGCACCGCGAGUUGCGCAUCCUGUACGACUAUCUCAAGGACGUCCCAGAUGUGUACCUGUGGCAGAUACCAGUGGACAACAUCCGUCCGACGCUCAACUGGUCGGGUCGGUGGGGACCUCAGGAGGACUCCAUGCUCCUAGUCGGUGCAUACCAAUAUGGUUUCGGCAACUGGGAGGCCAUGGCUAAGGAUCCUAGACUGGGCCUCGACGGCAAGUUCUUCCUGGAGGAGGGAAAGAAGGGUGAGGACUCUUCCACCAAGCCUAUUCCCAAUGCCAUCCACCUUGUACGACGAGGAGACUACCUGCUCAGCCAGCUGCGCGAGCACGACGAGAAGAUCAAGGCGAUCACUACGACGCUGCAUCGCAAAGGCGCGUCACUCGGCAUGUCCGCGUCGCCGCCGCCACCCAUUGCUUCGACGUCGUACUCGAAUGGUCUGAAGCGGAGGGCAGAGAGCGAAGCUGUUGCCUCUGUCGAUGAGGGAAGCACGAAGAGACGGAAGCGGCGUCCAACACCGACCUUCACGGAUUCUUCCUCCUCUGACGAAUGCCCGUCCAUGGACGAGCAAGCGACGAAGGAAGAGUUGCGACCCGUAAAGAAGCAACUGAAAAACUUGAAGCUCUCAGGCGGCGAUAUGCCACGGGACGAGAAGGUUACCAUUCUCAAGGAGUCAUUAGCUGCUAUCGGCAAGCGAAUAGAGUCGGUUCUCGCCCAAAAGCAAUCAGCUGGUGAAGACCGCGAUAGAUGGCGUAGACAUCUGUGGACCUUCGUGACACUUUUCUGGCCCAAGAAGGUGAAAGCGGCGAAGCUAGAGGAGAUCCAUGCCAAGAUGGUCAUGAAGGAGGGCGCACCGCGCGCGUCGUCAAGCGAUGGGCCCAGUGCAACCAAGAAGCCGCGGUUGAGCUCAGGGUCUACCACUGUUUCUCGGAAUGGUGGAUCCUCCAUCCCAUCAACCUCAACAACGACAUCGCUUGCGAACAGCAAGUAUCGAUGACGAGGUGCUGGACGUUCUGGCCCCAUACUCCUCUGCCGCUGCUUCCAGGACCACUGAUCCUCGUACUUUUAGCUUACACGCCCCUCACAUUACAUUCUCUCUAUUAUGCUCCACUGUACUGUAUUAUUAUAGCCCGUGCUCUCAGUUUUUCUCGUUGAUGCUGCUGUUCACCUGGUGUCCCUGUGUCGUUGGUAUAGCCCAUAGCUACGUCCCGUCAAUCUGUACAACACGCAUACCUCACUCGAAACAUUGAAUCUGCUUUUCGAAACAUAU